AAGCCGAGGCUGGGCGGGGAGGAAGCGGCGGAGACCAGGCGGAGGAGCCCCGGGUUCCUGUAGCCAGAAGAAAAGGGGGCGGGAAGGGCUGUGGGGCUCACCUGUCAGUUCGCCACCAUGAACGUGGUUCUGGCUGUGAAGCAGUACAUUUCCAAAAUGAUAGAGGACAGCGGGCCGGGGAUGAAAGUGCUUCUCAUGGAUAAAGAGACGACUGGUAUAGUGAGUAUGGUAUACACACAAUCAGAGAUUCUUCAGAAGGAAGUGUACCUUUUUGAACGCAUUGAUUCUCCGAAUCGGGAGACCAUGAAACACCUGAAAGCAAUUUGUUUUCUUCGGCCUACGAAGGAGAAUGUGGAUUAUCUGAUUCAGGAGCUCCGAAGACCCAAAUACAGUAUAUAUUUUAUUUAUUUCAGUAAUGUGAUCAGCAAGAGUGAUGUGAAGUCAUUAGCUGAAGCUGAUGAACAGGAAGUUGUGGCUGAGGUUCAGGAAUUUUAUGGUGAUUACAUUGCUGUGAAUCCACAUUUGUUUUCCCUCAAUAUUUUGGGUUGCUGCCAGGGUCGAAAUUGGGAUCCAGCCCAGCUGUCCAGAACAACUCAAGGACUGACAGCUCUCCUUCUGUCCCUGAAGAAAUGCCCUAUGAUUCGCUAUCAGCUUUCAUCGGAGGCAGCAAAGAGACUGGCCGAAUGUGUUAAGCAAGUCAUAACAAAAGAAUAUGAACUUUUUGAGUUCCGGCGGACUGAGGUUCCUCCAUUGCUACUUAUUUUAGAUCGCUGCGAUGACGCCAUCACCCCAUUGCUAAACCAGUGGACAUAUCAAGCCAUGGUCCAUGAACUACUGGGCAUAAACAACAAUCGGAUUGAUCUUUCCAGAGUCCCAGGGAUCAGUAAAGACUUAAGAGAGGUGGUCCUAUCUGCUGAAAACGAUGAAUUCUAUGCUAAUAAUAUGUACUUGAACUUUGCCGAGAUUGGUAGCAAUAUAAAGAAUCUCAUGGAAGACUUUCAGAAGAAGAAACCGAAAGAACAGCAAAAGCUGGAAUCAAUAGCAGACAUGAAGGCCUUCGUUGAGAAUUACCCACAGUUCAAGAAGAUGUCUGGGACUGUAUCAAAGCACGUAACAGUUGUUGGAGAGCUGUCUCGGUUGGUCGGUGAGCGGAAUCUGCUGGAGGUUUCAGAGGUUGAACAAGAACUGGCCUGUCAAAAUGACCAUUCUAGUGCUCUCCAGAAUGUAAAGAGGCUCCUGCAGAACCCCAAAGUGACAGAAUGUGAUGCUGCCCGCCUGGUGAUGCUCUAUGCACUGCAUUAUGAGCGACACAGCAGCAACAGCCUGCCAGGGCUAAUGAUGGACCUCAGGAAUAGGGGUGUUUCUGAGAAAUAUCGAAAGCUCGUCUCUGCAGUUGUUGAGUAUGGUGGUAAACGGGUCAGAGGAAGUGACCUCUUCAGCCCUAAAGAUGCUGUGGCUAUUACCAAACAGUUCCUCAAAGGACUGAAGGGAAUAGAAAAUGUGUAUACUCAGCAUCAACCUUUCCUACAUGAGACCCUGGACCAUCUCAUCAAAGGAAAGCUUAAAGAAAGUCUGUACCCUUAUCUAGGCCCCAGCACACUCAGAGACAGACCUCAGGAUAUCAUUGUGUUUGUGAUUGGAGGAGCCACCUAUGAAGAAGCUCUAACAGUUUAUAACCUGAACCGUUCCACUCCUGGAGUGAGGAUUGUCCUGGGAGGAACCACAGUGCACAACACGAAAAGACAGUCUGUUGGCUUUGUUACAUAUAUUAUCUCAUUUAAACUUCAUGAUCCAAGAGGUGAUAUUGUUUUGAUCCCAAUUUUCAAAUGGAGAAACUGAAACAUGGAGAAAUUAUGUAAUUUGCCUGAAGUCAUAGAGCAAGGAAGUGCAAUAUGACUGGAAUUCAAGCUAAAAUUUGGCUGAUCCGAGAUUUCAUGCACCACUAGCACUUGUUGAGAUGAAAUUGCUGCAACACUUUGAAGAUGCUACAUGACCAGGGUGCUAGCCAGAAAAGUUUCACCAGUUUAUGCCUUCACACCUUGCCCUUGCCAACACUGAGGUUAGCUGCUCCUGAUUCUUAACAACCUGAAGUUUAAAAAAUCAUCUAUUUGUAUGGAAAAGGUUAGUUUCCAAAGUUUACUUCAACUCACAUGCAGAGAAAAAACACACAGAUAAACUGUGUGAAACUAAAAGAAGAGACCAAUAAAGAAGAGAGUCAGAAAGAAAAGAGACUCAAAGAUACUGUUUCAAAGCAGCCUCCAGCUCCAGAUUGCAGGCCGUGGGGCACUGACCUCCUCCUGUCCCUAGUUCAGGGAUAGACCCCCCCACCCCAACAGUCAUGCCAUCUAAUGCCCCCUUUUCUUUCAUUUAAGCUGGUUCAAUAGGUUUCUGUUUCUUGCGGCCAGAAUGUUGCAUUUUAGGGAAAUGUUCUCAUCGCUUAACAAGUUUGCAGGAUAUGCCUUUUGUUCUGUGAGACCCAAUACAGCAUUUGCAUUUUUGUUUCAGGUUUUGUUGAGUUAAACAAAGUUAAAAAUGGAAGGAAGGAAAAGCUCAAAAGUGCUGUGUAGUGAUGCAAAAGUGACUCGUUUACUUUUUUAUUUCCUAUAUUAUCUACAUUCCUAUUUUUUUUUUAUGAUCACAAAAAAUGUUCUACAGAUUUUUAAGUCAGUAAAGUGAUGCCACUGGGGUUGUUACGUAGUAAAGGAGCGAGCUGAUUAGCCUCAGCACAGCCCUGAGUUGCCGUUCCUCUCCCAAAACUAUUACCUUCCCCGCCAGGCCAGGACAUGUCCUCUUCCACUCGGCUAUCAUGAGAGCUUCUGGGCUCCAAAUGGACCUGUUAUUUAAGAAUCACCUUCUGAUACUCUUUAGUCUUUUAAGAGGCAGUGCAGCAUAGCAGUUCAGAGCACAGGCUCCAGUUUUGCCACGUGUCUGUGUGUAUGACCUUAGGCAAGUUUUUCUGUGCCUCAGUUUUCUGUGAAAUGGCGGUGAUCAUAGCUUCUAUUGUGAUGUUUGGAUGGUCAAUAUAUAAAAAGCUUAGAGAAGAAUCUGGCACAGGGUAAGCACUCAAUAAGACUACUUGCUGCUGCUGCCAUUAUUAUUAAAUCUGGGGAAAUAAAGUAUAAAAGAUUGG